AUGCAUCAGCAGACAGUAGGUUUGAAAGCUGAUAUUGUAGUUAUCACACGGCCUGAUGCAGCAGACCAAGAUGCGAAGAAACUGUACAAAGCUGGCGAGCAGCGCCUGGGUACCGAUGAAUCUUGUUUCAAUGCUAUAUUGGCUGCACAAAAUUAUGCUCAGCUAAGGCUUGUAUUCCAGGAAUAUCAAAAGAUAACGAAUCACACGAUCGAGCAGGCAAUCGAGGCGGAAUUCAGUGGCGAUAUUAAGGAUGGCUUGCUCGCGCUCGUUGCCUGUAUUCAAAACAAGCCUGCUUACUUCGCUACAUUACUGUACAACAGCAUGGUGGGGCUGGGGACACGAGACACCGAUUUGAUUCGUCUUGCUGUGACAAGAUCCGAAAUCGAUUUAGCCGAUAUUCGGCAGGAAUUUGAGCGGAAGUACCAAAAAAGCCUGGAAGCAUUCAUCAAGGGUGACUGCUCGGGCGCGUACAAGGAUGGCCUGAUCGCACUUGUCCGAGGCAACUAG